CAUAUUUUAUUUAAAUUUAAUUCUUGAGAUGUUUGUUUGAGCGUAUUGAUGCCCCAAAUUUCAGAUAAAUUAUUUGAUCUCCUCUCACUUGCUGACUUCCACUCCUUCCAUCUAUAAAUAAGCGAGGUUCCUUCCUCUGGUUCUGAAGCUCCCCUGCCAACAUGUACCUCAAGCCGGUGCUCAUCCUGCUUCACCUUCUCCACCAAAUCUUCUAUCUCCUCUCACUUAUCCUCCAUCGAAUUGGACUAAACCCAAUCUUCCAAACCGCGCUACCUGAUAACGAAGAGGUAAUAUUCUCCGCCGAGCCUUCGCCUGCCGUCAAAGCCGCGGCCGCGUCGAUCAAAAGCCAGUUACCAGUGGUCGAUUACAUCUGUUUCUUCAAGAGUAAACACACCGGCGUAGGACGAGAACAGCCACCGGUGUGCGCCGUGUGCCUUCAGUUCAUGGAAGCGAGAGACCAAGUACGGGAACUCGGCAACUGCUGCCACACGUUCCACGUGUCCUGCCUCGACCGAUGGCUGGACCUCGGCCGGUUUAGCUGCCCUUUAUGCCGUUCCACGCUUCUUCCGCCUCCGGCAGGCAGCCAGAGAGGACUACUCCUUCUCAAGCUCCUCAUCACCGGCGAAGCUUCUUCAUUACUUAGAAGCUGCUAAUUUGUUUUUAGUUAAUUAUGGAGGAUUUCAAUUAAUCCCUCUUUAAAACCAUUAGUUGUAACGAAUCAGUACUUAAUAAUUUACAAAUGAGAGUGAUUAUUUUGGGACA